AGCAGUGAAACAUACACAAACGGGCACGCACACGCGCACGCGCGCUGCGCGGUCGUUAACACGUAAAGCUGGGCACUGAAGAGUGCGCGUCUCCACGCUCCGUCGCCCCGCGGUUAUAUUAACGCUCCCCCAAUCCUGCGCCCCGUUCGUCGCGGCCGAAGCUCCGACCCCCUCGUUCAAGGACGAAGUCAGACGAGGGAAGGAAAAGCCUCGAAAGCAGUGCUGCUGAGUCGCUCCAUCAUCAGCGUCGGACGACAGAAAAAAGGUCCCAGAAACACUGUGACUACAACCAGAAAUACCAUCAUGAGGAGCCCCUUCCUCUUGCCCCUCCUCCUCUUCCUCUGUCUUCUUCCUAUCCCAACUGUUUCCCAGAACGAUGCUGACCUCACUGUGACCACCCGCCAAGGGCGUGUUCGAGGUAUACGCCUACCAUUGCCAGACCGUGGACAUGUGAUUGCUUUCCUCGGCAUUCCAUUUGCUGAACCACCCGUAGGGAAGAAACGCUUCCGGAGGGCGGAACCUAAGAAACCUUGGUCAGGGGUGAUUGAUGCUAAUGCUUAUCCCAAUGCCUGCUACCAGUAUGUUGACACUUCAUACCCAGGCUUUCCAGGAAUUGAGAUGUGGAACCCCAACAGGGAGAUGAGCGAGGACUGCUUGUACCUGAACGUUUGGGUUCCAGCAUCCCCACGGCCUCACAACCUUACAGUGAUGGUAUGGAUCUAUGGUGGAGGCUUCUUCAGUGGCUCCUCUUCACUGGACGUCUAUGAUGGGCGGUAUCUAUCUUACACAGAAAAGGUGAUAGUGGUGUCCAUGAACUACCGUAUAGGGGCCUUCGGUUUCCUUGCUCUGCAUGGCUCCACAGAGGCCACUGGAAAUGUGGGCCUGCUGGACCAGCGGCUUGCCCUCCAGUGGGUACAAGACAACAUUCAGUUUUUUGGUGGCAACCCCAAGCAGGUGACCAUCUUUGGGGAGAGUGCAGGUGGGGCUUCUGUAGGUAUGCACCUCCUGUCUCCCGACAGCCGACCUUUGUUCACCCGUGCCAUUUUGCAGAGUGGGGUCCCCAACUGCCCUUGGGCUACUGUCACCCCGGUAGAAGCCAGACGACGAGCCACUCUGCUGGGCAAGCUGGUGGGAUGCCCAACUGGCAAUGACACUGAGCUGGUGGACUGCCUUCGCAACCGGUCGCCCCAGGAGCUCAUCGAGCAAGAAUGGCACGUGCUACCGUUCAGCAGUCUCUUCCGCUUCUCCUUCGUUCCCGUGAUUGACGGGGUGGUGCUACCUGACACACCAGAAGCCAUGCUCAGCUCAGGCAACUUCAAGGACACCCAGAUACUCCUUGGGGUCAACCAGGAUGAGGGCUCCUACUUCCUGAUCUACGGAGCUCCUGGAUUCAGCAAAGACAAUGACAGUCUGAUUUCUAGGGAGGACUUUUUGGCUGGAGUGAAGAUGAGUGUGCCCCAUGCCAAUGACAUUGGCCUGGAGGCAGUGGUGCUGCAGUACACAGACUGGAUGGAUGAGAACAAUCCGCUUAAGAACCGUGAUGCCAUGGAUGACAUUGUAGGAGACCACAACGUCAUCUGCCCUCUCCAGCAUUUCGCUAGAUCUUACGCCCAACACCAUGCUCAGCGCUCACAGGCAGCAGCUGGGGGGCCCACCGGGGCAGGGGUUGGCAGUGGUAAUGUAGGAGUAAUCGUCAACAGUGCUACCAACUCACAAGGGGGAGUGUACCUUUACCUCUUUGACCACCGUGCCUCCAAUCUGGUCUGGCCAGAAUGGAUGGGAGUCAUUCACGGUUACGAGAUUGAGUUUGUGUUUGGUCUGCCACUUGAGAAGAGGCUGAACUACACAGCAGAAGAAGAGAAGCUCAGCCGCCGGAUGAUGCGAUAUUGGGCCAAUUUUGCCCGCACUGGCAAUCCCAACGUCAACGUGGAUGGAACGUUGGAUAGCCGUCGGCGAUGGCCCGUGUUCACAGCAAGUGAGCAGAAACACGUGGGCCUGAACACAGAGCCGCUGAAGGUGCACCGCGGCCUGAGGACCCAGCUGUGUGCCCUGUGGAACCGCUUCCUACCCCAGCUGCUCAACAUCACAGACAACAUUGAUGAGGCUGAACGACAGUGGAAGGUGGAGUUCCACCGCUGGAGCUCUUACAUGAUGCACUGGAAGAGCCAGUUUGACCACUACAGCAAACAGGAACGCUGUGCAGACCUCUGAGGGGCGUGCACCAGGUCGAGGGAAACAAGGACAGAGGGAGAGAGGAAAUGGGAUAGGCUGACCGCAUCACUCCAUACUUAUGUGAUUGAGACAGAUGCUGGGGGCAAUAAACUGAAAGCAGUGAAAUCAGUGGCACCGAGGGAACACAGUUACCCUCACAGUACACUUUCCACAGAUCAUUGGCUACUCUUUACCCAAAUCCAGAGACUGAUGGGCAAAGGGGCGUGGCCACACAUGAGCCACAUACCCCGUCAGGCAAGGGAGUGCAUGUGUGCUUUCAGUUCAGAGAAAUUGGAAAACAGCAGGAUGUAAAGGGAAGCCUAUGGAGUGACACGGUCGUCCAAGAGAAUGUGUCUCAGAGAACAUCUGGGAAAGCAAAAAUUCAGACCUCUGAAAACAGAGUAUGUGUGUGCGCAUGAGUGUAUGCGUGUGUGUGUGGGUGGGUGUGUGUGUGCACGAGUAUCUGAGUGUGCAUUUGUAAAUCUGAGAAUGAGGAAGCCUCAUCUACUCUGAUCCCAAGAAACCCAGGUUUUUUUUUAACUUUAUGAUUUUAUUUAAUACUAUCUUACGAUUUUUUAUUUCCCAGUACUUACCACUACUUAGCAUUGUAUCUGUGUGUUGGCCUACGCUGCUCUCUGUGCUGUCGUUAUGUCUCCCAUUUCCUCUUGCUUUUUGUUCUUUUGUAGUUGCCUUCUUGUGUGAUAUCUUCCGAUGUGUGUCUGUCUCCAGAUGAGAUGAAAAGUGGUGUUUAGAAAUAGGAAUCAGGAGCCAUUUUAUCACUGUUUGGAGAUGUGCACUGAACCGCACCAUCAGGCUAUGUGUAGUGUCACCUGUUCCACCUGUACUCUUCUCUUACGGCCCUCUGAGUGCAUGAGUGUGUGUGUGUGUGUGUGUGUGUGUGUGUGUCCUCCUUGCACAACCCCUGCCAAGUCUGCCUGUGUUUGCUCUUGAGUUAUUUUCUCCUGACCUGCAGCUUUACUCUGAGUGCAACUGGUGUUGUUGCUGUGCCAACGAAUCAAUGCAAUUCUGCAGUUCUACAUGUACCCCCUCCCGCCCCCUGCCAGGAAGGGACUGCUUCUCGUAAUCCAAAUGGAGAGAGUGUGAUUGCCUCAGUGCUUUUUAAUUUGACAGAGAGCUGUGUCAGGCCUUUGCCUCAGAUGGGACUGCCAGUGCUGGAGGGGGUGUGGGACAGGGAACGGCUGGGGGCCGAGAGAAAAGACAAGCCCCAUGAAAUCUACUCGCAUACCUUUGAGUGAUUUCACCAGUGCUCUGUUUUUUUCUUUUUUUUUUUCUUUUUUUUUUUUUCUUUUUUUUUUCUUUUUUUGCUUUUUCUGUCAUCUGCAUGCAUCACUGUCUUCUGUCAAAGUCAGGGGCUUUCAGGGGUGUUAUUUAUUUGAAUUCAGGAUUUUCAUGCGUUUGAGUGGAUUUUAAAAAUAGUUAUGUUCAUGUGUGGCUGAUCGCCAAUUUUGUUUACUGUCUGACCGACAGGUAUUACUUAUUUUCACUCCUGAUGAUACUGCAGAAAGGUUGUGGAUCUUCUAGCAAGCAUCCUGAUUAGUUAAUCACCGGGCAUGUUAUUGCUAAAGAUCAAAACUGGAGUGGAAAGUUUAGAUUAAAAAUGUAAUUACAUGAAAAUGACAUGAGAUUUAAAGAAUAUUUAUUAAUGAACAUUUAAGAAUAGAGAAAACAUUUGUGUGGGCAUGUUUUGGUGAGUCUGAGUGACAGCUGCUGAAGUGCCUCUUGUCCAAUGAGAGGCCAUCCUUUCCUCCUCCUCCUCCAAUGAAACCUUCCGAUGCAUGCCCUGAGCCCGCCUCCCAUCCGUAUCCUCCUCCAAAUAUCGUGACUGUUAUUUUCUGUAAGAAAUGACCCUAUACUUAUGUGUAGAAACUGUGCAUAACACUAUUCUUAUUAUCUUAUGGAAUCAGAUGUUGUUAUUAUGAUAAUGUUAGCAAUAAUUACAUGCUGUAGUGUAACAUUUUAUUAUUCAGAAAUUAGGAUGGUGAUGAUCACGGCUAGUGAUACGAAGAUGAGGAGCAGGUUAUGUCUAGACAGAGUGACUUAAAAGUGCCAUAUUUCUAAUACAGUAAUAUUUUACUUACUACCAUAAACCUGCCACACAGCAGUUCUUACUGUUGCCAUUAUUUUAAAUAGAAUGACAUUUGCAGCUGAUGUAUCCACUGACCCAAGCUUGCUGCUAGCUACUUGCUGUUGCUUUUACCCAGUCAUAUUGUGUUCUUUCACGAAAAAAAACAUUCUAAUCAACAGCUACACUCAUAAUUUUUCUUCUUAAGACAAGAGACGACCUCAAUCGAAGUGAUAAAGUUACAGUUUAAUGGCGUAAUCAUGAAAAAAAAAAAAACCCUGCGCUUUAGCUGUGCAACUUUAGAAGUGAAACAGGUUCAAAAUAAAACCACUGUUCAAAUAAUUCCAGCACUUCAGAAGGCAUUCACAUACUUUAUUAGUAUUAUUAUUAUUAUUAUUAUUACCACCAUUGCAAGUAGAAUGCUGUUACAUUUCAUUGCUAUUAUCACUGUCAAUCUUACAAUUACAGUUAAUGUGCUGAUGAUGACUAUGGCUGAGGCCAGUGUUCCUGUGCCAAACUGUCUUUGUGGCGGCUGCUCUGUGCUGGUCCUGCUUGGUGUGUCUGCGUUUGCCCUUCUGGUUGCUGUAUCAGAAGCCCUGAAUACAACCUCAAUAAACAGACUGAGAAAAAGCCU